GACUCAUUGAGAUCGAAAUUAGGCGAAAAGUGAAUUGCGGAAGAACAAUAAGAAGGAAAUUUCUGAGAAAUCGAAAUCGGAAAGUAUUGGAGUCACGAAAUGGAGAAGAAGAGUAAUAGCGAGUCCGAUGUCAACGCCAAAUGGGACACCUGUCUCGAUCUCACUGCCCGUCGUGUCGUCUACUCUUCCCUCGGCGGCGCAUUCGCCGGUCUUCUCUUCUUCAGGAGUCCUGUUACAAGAUGGGCGUCGAUUGCUUUUGGUGCCGGAAUCGGUAUUGGCUCUGCAUACGCAGAUUGUUCUCGUGUAUUUAAUACAUCGUCUUCAACGUCAGCCACUUUAUUAGCUCCCAAGAGUACAGAGACUUCUGUAUCUCAGGCAGCGGAAGAGUAAGACAACGAGGGAAGUUGAGGAUAAACCCAAAGAUUGACGUGUGUUUAAUACAAGAGUUGUUUACAUUGUUAUGAAAAUGGUUGCUGAUCUUGCAGGACAUGGCUUUUGAGAUGUAUAUGCCAUUGUCAAACCUUUUGCUUUUGCAGUGGUUUUGUACACACUGAUGUCAAAAAAAUGUUAUUUUUACUUCUUUUCGGAAAAAUCUUAUUAUUCCCCCGCUUAUGCAGUUGUGCUAAUGGAGAAUUCUCG